AUGCCUAAACGAAAAAUCAACGUGUUGUCGUUAAGUGAUAAACUUAAAAUUAUAAAUGCAUUUGAAUCGGGUAAAUCAAGGUGUGAAAUACGGAGUGAAUUUGGAUUACCUGAAUCAAGCUAUUAUAAAAUUAUAAAAUUUAAAGAUUCAAUAAAGUCCCAGUGCUCCGAGGGACACGGAAACAUCAAGCGGAUCCGGCUUUCUGAGUUUCCCGACGUUGAAAAAUGUCUUCUUGAGUGGAUCAAACAGACUCUCGAUAAAAACAUUCCCAUAGAUGGGCCACUGUUAAAACAAAAAUCGCAAGACUUUGCCUUAAAAUUGGGAGUUGAAAACUUUUCAGCCAGUAAUGGCUGGUUAGAGGGUUUUAAAAAGCGGAACGACAUAUCGUUUAAGAAAGUAGCUGGAGAAAGUAAAUCAGUGGAUCUAGGAGUGUGUAGCCAAUGGACAAAAGAUUUACCAAAUCUUUUAGAAGGAUAUGAUGCAGAGGAUAUUUAUAAUGCUGAUGAAACCGCUCUGUUCUAUAAGUGCCUACCGGAUAAAACAUUUAUAUUUAAAGGCGAAAAAUGCCACGGAGGUAAACAGAGUAAAGAUCGCCUUACUGUUUUACAGUGUGUCAAUAUGAUCGGUACGGACAAACUUCCUCUGUUGAUUAUCGGGAAAUCUAAGCGGCCAAGGUGUUUCAAAGGCGUCAAGACUCUACCCGUCGAUUAUGCGAAUAAUACAAAAGCUUGGAUGACCAAAGAAUUGUUCAAAGAUUGGUUGAGAAAAGUUAACAAGCAAAUGAUAAUAAAACAAAAAAAAAUUUUGCUUAUUAUAGACAAUUGUACUGCACACACAGAUUUACUAAAACUGGAAAAUGUUAAAAUUCUGUUCUUACCUGCAAAUACCACCAGUAAACUUCAAUCGUUAGAUCAAGGCAUCAUACACACAUUUAAACGAUUCUAUCGUAGAGAAGUUAUUAAUCAUACUCUCAAGUGUUUGGACGAAAGUGUUAGCUCUGAGAUCAAUGUACUUUUAGCAAUGAAAUUUGCAAGAAAAGCGUGGUACGCAGUAAGUGGCGUUACCGUUCAAAAUUGCUUCAAGAAAGCUGGAUUUCAUAUUAAUAAACAAUAUAUUCUGCCAGAUGAAAGUGAGGUUGAACUUGAAGUUGGACCUAGUGAUGACGAAUGGGCCAAGCUUGUGUCUCAUGAAACAACUGAUUUUGAGGUAAUGCCAACCUUUGAUGAUUUUAUACGGAUUGACGACGACGUGGCUACUGCUGGAGAAUUCACCGAAGAUGAUAUUAUUCAAAAUUGCGUGACUGACGGGAAUGAAAGUGACGAUGAUGCUGACCAAUCACAGAGUUUGGAUAAAGAACUCGAAAAAAUACCAAAAAAGCAAGAAGCUUUAAAGGCUUUGGAGACGCUCCAUAAGUUUUUUGAAUAUUCAGCGAUUGGUGAUAGGACUAUAUUUGAUAAAAUAUAUGAACUCGAAAAACAUGCACAUAAUGUAAAAUCAGGAAUACAAAAAAAGUUGACAGAUUUUUUCAAGUAA